AUGGACAGAGCACCUCCACCCUUCUGGGCAUUUCAGGCCUCCCACACCUGCGGAGGGCAUCUCUGGAGGACCAUCGAACUUAACCUGAAAAUCACUAAAACCACCAAGGAGUCUGGAUCCAGUGGGCUGGAUUGCAUUCAGGGGGCAGUAACCAAGCUGGUCUUGUUCAUCCCUGUGGGUUUCUGGCGUCUGAUGUCCCUCCAAGAGAACCCAGAGACAGGCCAGUGGCACUACAGUGAGAUCUGCAUGGGCCGUGGCCAGACCUGUGAGUUCCCAGGCCUCAUCAACAACUACUACCCGUACAUCAUCUCCUUCGGGGAGGAUGAGGCCGGGGAGCUGUACUUCAUGUCGACAGGGGAGCCGAGUGCCACAGCUCCACGCGGGGUUGUCUACAAAAUAACUGACCCGUCCAGGCGGGCACCACCUGGCAAGUGUCAGAUCCAGCCUGCUCAGGUGAAGAUCAGAAGCCGCCUCAUCCCCUUUGUGCCCAAAGAAAAGUUCAUCCCGAAGACACCGAGCACCGCGCGGCCUACAGCGCGGGCGCCCACCCGGGCGCCCCGCCGCAGGCGCCCCACGGUCGCUCCGCCCCCGCCCACCCCGCGGCCAGCGCGGCCCACCCAGCAGCCAGGGAGCCGCAGGGGCGGCGGGCGCCGGCGGGGGCGGCUGAACUCGGCGAACCGGGCGUUCCGGGAUGGUGAGGUGCGCCUGGUACGGCCUGCGGGCCUGAGCUCCGGCAGCGGGCGCGUGGAGGUGUUCGUGGGCGGACGCUGGGGCACCGUGUGCGACGACUCCUGGAACAUCAACGGCGCCGCCGUCGUGUGUCGCCAGCUGGGGUUUGCCUACGCCGUGCGCGCCGUCAAGAGCGCCGAGUUCGGCCAGGGCGGCUCGCUGCCCAUUCUGCUGGACAAUGUGCGUUGCGCGGGCUGGGAGCGCAACCUGCUGGAGUGCCAGCACAACGGCGUGGGCACCCAUAACUGCGAGCACGACGAGGAUGCGGGCGUCGUGUGCAGCCACCAGAACCCCGACCUGUAGGCAACACGCCUCUGCCCCCAGGCCAUCCCGCCGGCGGGGAAGCCUGGCAGGGCCGCUCCGCCCUGUGUGCGCCCGGCAGGUGCACACGCUUUCUAGGGUGAAGGGGGUGCGGGUGUGUGCUGUCCUGGGGACCUGUGUGAGGCGCUGCAGUGCAUGUGUAUCCUCCGCAGACCCAAGGCAGGAGUGUGUGUUGGCGGGGGUGUGGGCUCUGGGAGUGCAUAGUCCAUCAUGGGCCGGAGGAAUUCCUUUCUUACCUCCAAGCAUUCCAGACACCAGCAGGAACACAGCCCGGCUGUGGGACCCUGAGGAGGAAGGGCAGCCAGGCUUCGAGGACGGACAUGGCCCCAGGCUUUGCUAACAGAGGCACAGCUGGCAGACUGAGGGUGGUGGGGGAAACCAGGCUUGUCCUGCCCACAGCUGGAAUGGAAGGUGCCAGAACAUCCGGAGGGUGGCCUGAGGAAUGUGGCCCAGAGAGCAUGGCCUGGUGCCCGCCCCCCACCCCUUGACCCCCGCAGUCUGAGGUACUGGAGAGAACCGGAAGGCAUCCAGUGGGGGAAGGGAAAGCCUUCCGGAGGCUGGGAGCAGGGUGAGCUGCAGGCCUGGGGCCCACUGGAGGGGCAGGCUGCGUGGAGGAGCCAGCACCUGCUCAGGGAGGAUGGCUGGGAGGACUGGAUGACCUCCAAGGCUGGAGAAGCCGCUCAACAGCAUACUCAGCUCUUGUGGGUGCUCCUGGGAUGGCUCCAGCCUCCUCCAACCCUGAGGUCUGAUUCUCUCUUGCUCUCGGGGCCGGAGCCACCCACACUAGCUGGGCAGAGCUUUCACCCUGACCCUCCAGUGAGUGGGUGGGCCUCCACUACUUUCAAAGCUGUGUUUGGGCUCUGGGGCCACCUCUGUCCUUUCCAUCCCCGUCCCUGCUCAGUGUAAACCCAGGAGACCUGAUUCCUCCAGCCCUACCUCAGGGCUGAUCAGGCUGGGGGUUCAGGGAGACUACUGACACCUGGUCACCCAGGGCUAUGCCCACAGUGUGGCUGUCUACACACCA